UUGACGGCUGUCAUCAUCCGCUCCUUCCUCUAUCAAGAUCUCAGGAGCCGAGCCCCUGGGCCGUGCACCAAGCAACGCGUCGUUCCGUUCCUGCGGACAAUACAUCCUUGACCCUAAAAGUCGUCCACGUUGCCUUUGAUGACCAAGGCGAUACUGAGAAGAUUGAAUGGUGACACGACAUGGCUCGUUCAAUUGCCUUUCCUUGACGUUCAGAGUGCGACAAGAGCAAAGACUUACAAUCUGCUGAUCGAUCCGUGGUUGAGCGACUCCGAGCAGAUCGACUUUCAUUCUUCCUUUUCCUCUCAGUCACGAAACAUCGCCUCUGCCUACCCCACGCUCUCGUCCCUCUCACAAGCACUAGCUCAUGAGGCACUUGAGAAGGCAGGCCAGGAACGCGUCGAAUAUGCCACUGAAGAGGAGCGGACAAAGGCUCACGGUGGGGGUGGCAGUGGAAGGAUUGACGGAAUUCUGAUUUCACAUCCAUUCACAGAUCAUGCCCACCCUCAGUCCCUCCUCGAGAUGCCCGACCGUACCGAAGGAGACGACCCUCUUCACCUCUUCUGUACGCAGCAGUCUCGCAAAGCAGUCCUAUCCCUCUUCCAGAAAGCUGGUGUCGAGAAGGACAGAUAUCGAAUCUUCCUGCUACCAGUAGUCGGCGAGGGAGAGGACUUCUUUGCGAAGGCUCAGACAGCUCUCCCCGCAGGCAUCCGCAUUGUCCGCUUGCCUGCCAAAGAAGGGCUAUUUUCAGCAUGGGGUGAUCUACACAGCGGUCUUGCCAUCCUGUGGCAAUCUGAUGGGCCUGACUCGACCUUCUCCUCAAUAGUGUACUCUCCCCAUGGUACGCUCCAAACGUCCCUCCCUUCUUGGCUCAGCAAAGCACACCAUCGUUUGUUGGUCACUUCCUUCGACGAACAGACCCUACCGCUACUGCGCCUUCUGACCGGCCCAGUAGCUCUAGGCUUCGAAACGGCAGUCUUGUGCUGCUACUCGUCCGAAUAUACUCCGAAGUCAAAGACAGAACACUACUCGCCAACGAUUGUGGUACGCACUCACGACGAGAGGAAGACUGCCAAAGGUCUCGUCGCUCGUGUCAUUAGUCGCAAGGAGAUGCAAGCCGAUGAGGCACAGAAGAUGCUCCAACAGCUUUUUGGCGAGCUGGCGGGCAGAGUGGUAGACCUUGAAGUAGGCGAGACUCUCGAGGUGUAAAUGAGCAGCGCGGUGCGGCUGUAUAGUGGGGAGCGGGGUGGUACCUUUCAUCUUCGCGCCACCGUUCCUGGCGUGGACAUCGUCAGAGCAAAACAGGUCCGGCGGGCCAGGCACCGGCAGCAAUCAAUGCGUGGACGAGGGGAAGCA